CUCUCUCUCUCUCUCUCUCUCUCUCUCUCUCUCUCUCAUGUAUAAUAUUUUUCAAUAAUCUUCACGAAAAUUGAAUCUUUGCAGCCAUGAAAGCCCAGCUUUACUAAUACAGGUUGGCUCUUCGCACUUGGGUUUUGACGGGUUUUUGGUUUUAUCAAUGGAGAUGGAUGUUGUUCAAGUGAAUCAGAAUUGGAAUUGCAUUGACGAGUCUGCUGAGCACUCACUUUAUCCAGAGGCUCUUGGUAUAAGUGAUGCCUUUAGGGAUCCUGAGCUGCUUCCUCGCAUUGGAGAUCAAUACCAGGUUGAGAUUCCACCUCUCAUGACAAAAUCUGCCUACUUCUUGCUCACAGAGAUGGCAAAAGAUCCAGUAAUCAUGCCUGGUAGUUCCCAUGAUUUUUUAGUGGGAUUACCCAUAUCACUAAUGUGGAUCAAGGAGGAAGUCAAGAACAUUAAACAUGAACACCGAGAAUUUCUUGGUGAUUUGAAUGGCUCAUCUAAUAGAAAUAAAUCCCUAAAACAUGAAAGCAAUGCAGAGAUUCAGAUUUUUCCAGGAAGUGACUUACAAGUUAAGUCUGAACCUAUGGAUGUUCUACUCAAUAGUGCGGUGGAAGACAUAAAGCCUGCAAAAUUAGAUUUGCAAGAAGAAAAGAAGAAUCAUCAGCAGCUUGGAGGCAAAAGCUACCUCAUGGUUCCGGGUUCUUUGGGUGUCACAUGGAAUGAUUUUGAGGAGGCCAGUUUCCUUCUUGGUUUAUACAUCUUUGGAAAGAAUCUUGUUCAAGUAAAGAAAUUUGUUGAGAGCAAACAGAUGGGAGAUAUACUUUCAUUUUAUUAUGGGAAGUUUUAUAGGUCUGAAAGAUACUACAGAUGGUCAGAAUGCCAGAAAAUAAGAAGCAGAAGAUGUAUAUAUGGACAAAGGAUUUUUACAGGAUCCACUCAGCAAGAGCUGCUUUCUCGUUUGUUUUUACAUUUGUCAGAGGAAUGCAAAAAUACGUUGAUGGAGGUUUCUAAGACAUUUGGAGAGGGGAAAAUGUUGCUAGAAGAAUAUGUAUUGACCUUGAAGGCUGUAGUUGGAAUGAACAACCUUGUUGAGGCAGUGGGAAUUGGCAAAGGGAAGCAAGACCUGACAGGCAUUGCGAUGGAGCCUCUGAAGUCAAAUCAAGUUGCUACUGGUCGUCCAGAAAUACCAGUUGGCAAAGCUUGCUCCACUCUUUCACCCUUGGAAAUUGUCAACUUCUUAACUGGAGGUUAUCGAUUAAGCAAAGCCAGAUCAAAUGACCUUUUCUGGGAGGCUGUUUGGCCUCGUUUACUUGCAAGAGGGUGGCACUCUGAGCAGCCUAAUGAUUAUGGUUUUGCUGCUGCUUCCAGGCAUUCUCUGGUCUUUCUAGUCCCUGGUAUCAAGAAGUUUUCAAGAAGGAAACUAGUGAGAGGAGAGCACUAUUUUGAUUCUGUCAGUGAUGUCUUGAAUAAAGUUGCUUCAGAUCCAGCUCUCCUUGAGCUUGAUGUUGGAGCAGACAAGAUUUUGGACCAACAAGAUUUUCCCAAUCAGCAACGCCAUUGCUAUCUCAAGCCACGAACUCCUAGCCACAGGGCAGAAGUCAUGAAGUUUACUGUUGUUGAUACUAGUCUGGCUAAUGGGGAAACAUCCACGGUGAGAGAACUGAGAAGCUUACCAGUUGAAAUGAUGAACAUUUCCACCACCAGAAGUGAUUCUGAAGAAAGUGAUGAAGAUUCUACUGAGGAUUCAAUAAAUGAAUCUGAUUCUUCUGAUAACUUGUGUUUUGAUCACAGCAGGACUGAUAUUUCAAAAUCCACAAAGGUCAAUGUUGAUGUGGGAGACUCGUCUGGCAGGGAAAAUUUUGAAAAUAUUGCUUUGAGGCAAUGUUCCCCUGUAAUUGGCUCAGGUUUCACCCAGGUUCCGGUCAAAAUCCCAAAGGAUCAGAAUGCUAGCAAGUAUGAUGAUAUGCAUCCAAGUAAGCAUAUCAAAGGUCAAGCAAUAAAGAGAACGAAACCUGCCAAUAGGAAUCUUUUAGGCCCUGUUGCAAAAAGACGGCGAAGAUUAACUGUGUGUGAUCACGCAGUGACAAGCUGUUGUACUGUCAAUGUCUCAGUAGAUCCCAGGUUAGAACAAGAUGAAGUUGGUUGUACAUCAGGAAAUCAUGAUUUGCAAGAGAAUACUCUUUCUUAUCUGGAUUCACAUCAGGCAAAGUUGUCAUCCACCAGUUCUUCAUCCAGGGGCAGCCCUAAUAUUACAGAUGAAUGCAAUCUGAGUAGCAACUUAUCUGUUGCUGAACAUCCUAAUGAGAAAUCUCAGUCUCGGACAUUGAUUGACCUGAACAUACCCAUCCCUGAAGAUGCUGAGACUGAAGCGUUAAUGAUGGAAAUGAUAGAAAGACAGCAUGAUAAAGAGACUGGACAGACACAGGAUUUCGGUAUGCUGAAAACUUCCGCUUCAGUAUGUGGUUCUACUUCUGAGCAACCACCUGGCUUCAAUUCUCGUAGGCAAAGUACAAGAAACCGACCACUGACCACUAAAGCACUGGAAGCUCUUGCUUGUGGAUUUUUGAGCAUAAAGCAGAAUCGGAGGAGUCGGGAUGAUUUUUCACUGGAUAACUCAAUGUCGAGGCCUUCACGACGUGCUCGCGGUAAGGUGAGAGUUACUGAAAACUUCGGAACUGGUGUAAUGGAUUUCAAAGGAGAUGAAAGAGCAAAUGGUGUAUGUAAUAGUAGUAGUGACAUGUUCAAUGAGCUUCAUGUUUAAUUUGGGGCUGCAAGAUUGGUCAGAUGCUGAUUUGCAAACUUGUAACAUAAGAAUGGGGCGCUGGUGUGUUUUAUCUGCUAAUCAGCUCUGGAAGACCGAGCACUUCUUAGCUGCUGAAGUAUCUGCAACAAGAAUAGUAUAGCGAUCCUUUUUUUUUUUUUUUUUUAAUUUCUAGCUUUCGACUGCUGCGGAAUACAUGGCUUUACAAGCCAACUUCACGAGGGUUAUACAAAGGCACCGGAUCUUCCAUAAUAUUAGGCAAAGAGCCAUUCAUGAUACUCGGCAUCGUUUAAAGAAGAUGGAGGCAGUAGUUGCUUGCCAGUUAAAAUAUAUUUUGUUCAGUAGCAGUGGAACAGAACAAAUAAGUCAUUAUUUGUAUCUCAUUUCAUGCUUGCUGCAACUGGAAUUGGACUAUGAAAGGUUGCAGCACCUUGCCUAAUUUAGGAGAUUAUUGUGUUGAUGGUUCAUAAAGUUUCAUUCAGCGGAGUGAUAGAA